AUGAAGGCUUCGCUUGAAGAACGACUUAAUUUUGAGUCGCUCGGAGCGAAGGAAAUCCAUUAUUUAUGUGCAACCGAUAAUCAUUCGCGUUUGAAUGAGUAUCUCUCAUCUUUUCCAGAUGAUGUCAAAGAAGAUAUUCUAAUGGAGCGCGAUUAUUACGGAAACACAGGUUUACACUAUGCAGCAAUGACUUCUUCGUAUUUGGUUACAGACUAUAUGCUUACAUUCUUUUACAAUGACAAAUUGCAAAAUCUCGACGGUGUCACUCCACUUCAUAUUGCUGCCAAAAUAGGCGAUAUGGAUAUGCUCCAAGGACUUAACAAAAAUCAGACAAUUGCAAAGGUAAAAUCCAACAUGGGAUGGCUUCCUAUCCAUUAUGCAGUCUUCAACAACCAAAUUAAGGCAGUAGAGUUCUUCAUUAAGGAAUACCCAUCAUGUAUUAAUGCUUGCAUUACUAAAAUGGAUCCUUCAUUCUCAACUUUUCAUCUAUCAAAAUGGAGUUUUACUUCUCCUCUCGAUAUGGCAAAGCUUCGAGGCUUUUCAGCUCUCGAAAAAUUACUUGAAGAUCAUAAUGCUCUAUCUUCUCUCCACGCUUGCUGUGCUACACAUAACUUAUUAGGCGUAUCUUAUUAUUUAUCAACAGAGAAGUCAAAGAAAGCUCUCUUAAACUCUACAGCUGCUCCUUUCGAAUGCACACCAUUACACAUUGCUGCAUCACUUGGCGAUGCCCAAAUUUGCCAUUGUUUGGUAAAUUCUGGAGCAAAAUGUGAUAUGUUAGAUUCGCAUGGUUUCUUCCCAUUGGAAGCAGCUGUCGUCUCCCAAAGCCGUAUGACAGUCAGAGUUAUCCUUUCUGCAAGCAACAGAAACGCAAUUAUUGGCGCAGCUUUUCUCGCAGCAUCUCUUAAAAAUGAGGACAUAUUAAUUGACCUCAUCAGUGAUUUCUUACUAAACGAGAUCGAUUACAAGAGAGAUUCGCUCUUAAUUUGCGCAAUCAAAAAUAAAUUUUCGAAAGCAGCUAGAAAAUUAAUAGAAAUAGGCGCAGAUAUCAGCUACAAGAAUUCUUCAGGUGCUACAGCUCUCCAUAUUGCUGCAGCUCUCAACCUUGUUGAAAUCGUCAUUUUGAUCGGACAAAAAGGCGGCGUGAACGAUCUUGAUAAUUACGGUAGAACACCACUCAUGUACGCAACUCUCAAUUUAUCACGCGACUCAUUCUUUGCUUUAGUUCAGUUAAAUGCCGAUAUUAACACUGUCGACAAGUUUGGCAUGCCAGUAUUUCCUCUAUCAAUUGCCCAAGGCUUGCGCAUCAUUAGUGCUUCUCCUGAGAUGUAUCACGGCAGAUAUACGAUUCGACUCCGAGAUUUCCUUGAAUCUUUCCGCUCAGAAGAGUACGUCUGCAAAGUCACGCCAUACGGCAUCCCGGAAAACAUAAAAGAACACAAAACAAAAUUUUCCAUUAUAAACGAUACAGUUUACGAAUCGCUUAAAGGACCUUCCAAGAUUAUCCCCAUCCUCGAGGAAAUCACGAUACUUCACGCGAUCACCGUUUUUACUACGAAUGUACAGCAUUUACAGCACGCAUUGUCUCCUGCCAGACAUUUAACCGAUACUCCAGACAAAAGAGGUCGUAAUCCCAUUCACAUGGCCGCUCUUGUCAGCAACGAAGCUUGUCUUGAAUUCUUAUUACGAUCUAAUGCAAAUGUCCGUGCAGUCGACAACGACGGAAACAAUGUUUUACAUCUUAUGCAGAACGACAAAAUGGCUCCACUUGUUAAUUACAUCUACGAGAACUUCAGUCUCCCUACUAUCAUUCAAAACAAGAAUGGCGAUCUUCCAAUCCACAUUGCCUGCCGCAACAAAGCCAUGGAACUACUUAAAGCAUUGUGCAACAAUUCCAAGAUGUCAGAGUACUUAAGUUUGAGGAACAACGAUGGAGAAACAGCCGUUGACUGCGCAGUUAAAUCCGGCGCCAUCAACUGCAUGAACUUUUUGUACGUCUGCGGUGUCCAGAAUCCUCUCAUCCAAGCAGUUAUUGAGAGAGACAAAAAUGCUGUCAACAAACUUCUUGAAGACGGAGUUUCCAUUGAUUCAGCUGAUAUCAACCAGAUGUCACCACUUCAUCACGCAGCUGCAAUGGGAGAUCUCGAAAUGAUCAAGCUCCUUCUCGAGAAGAACGCGAGUGUGUCAAUGCAAUCAAAGAAAGGUUGGACACUUCUUCAUUACGCAGCAUCUAAAAAUAACACUGAAGCGAUCAUAUUAAUUGCAAGUCGCAUGAAAUUGAAUGCAUGGACAUGGGAUUACCAGAAACAAGCAUUCAUCGAGUGCCAAGACAUGAACUGCAAGAAGAUCUGCUUCUCCAUCUGGAAGAGAUGGCAAUUGCUUGGUGAAUUGGCUGAGCAUUUGUCACAUUUCGGAGAUGAUUUCACUUUGAUGAAACAAACAAUUGGUUUCUACCAGGAUAAGUGCGAAGUUUACCCAGCUUAUAUCACUUUUGCAACGAAUUUCGAACAAAUUAUAAAGAGAUUCGUUCAUUUCGUGAAAGAAGGAACAUCUUCGAGUCCUUCUUUGCACCAUGCACUCAGCAUGAUGACGAAUGUAAACAUAGUUAAAUACAUCGAGAGUUGCAAUUCCAAUUUCAAGUUCUUCGUUCAAAUGAAUGACCCCAAAAACAAAUCUAAUUUUGAUGUUGUCAAAACCGUUUUUAUUUUAUUUGACAUCUUUCCGAUGAUUACAUUGAUUUGGAGAUACAUCGAUGUGCUCAGACAGUUCUUGAUUCCUCAGCUCGACAACAUAAACCUGAUUGAAAAGAUCAUCAACAAGUUCAAAGCACAGUAUAAUUUCGCAUCAGAUUUCCUCACAAACAUGCGAAAACCAAUUUUGAAGUUGAUCAAUUUCAAUCAGGACACGCAUGGAAAACCAUAUUUCUAUGCAAAGGCUGAAGCAACAGAACUCUCCAACGCAAGCACUGCAUCAUUCUGCAACCAUUUCAACGAGGCCUAUUUGAGAAUCUUUAAUACACAAACUCCAAUGCCAAGAGAAAUUCCGUUCAAGCAGAAUGACAAUUUGAUGAUUCUUGUUCACAACGAGAUGAUAAAGAUCUCAACUAACAAGAAAUCAUUCGAGUUGCCUUAUAACUUCGUUCAUAUAAGGAAUCACAGAGAUUGCGUCGUUUUGAUUGUCACUCCUUUGGGAUCAAUCAAAUUGACAUUCAAAGAUCCUGUUGUUGCAAGCGAAUUCAUAAGAGCUGUUUCAUGGAGAGCUCUCCACGAGAACCCACAGAUCACAGGAAUCAGCCAAAUGGAGACUGAGAAAGACAAAUUGUUCGAAGUCUUAGUUGCUUAUCAGUUGGCAAGCCAGAGAUUCUUGAACAUCAGAAUGAUGAACGUGAGGGCUCACUCAAUCGACGCGUGCUCUGAUAUUGUUAGGGAAUACAUGUUCGAUACAUUCUCUUCUCAUAUAUUGUCAAUGACUGUUUCCGCAGGAGAUAUUCCUGAUAAUUAUAUUGUAAUUUAA